AUGUCACAUAAUUAUGAACCAGUCUCUGAUGUAACCGUCUUCCCACCAAGUGCAGACUUAGUUGAAUUCAAUAGCUCAGUCCGUCUAUCCUGCUCCUCCUCCUCUGGAUCUUGUCUCUCCUUCCGCUGGUUGAACAGCAGCUCUGAGGUUACUCCCAGUGACAGGGUUCAGAUCACUGAUGGAGGAUCAACUCUGACUAUAGUUAAUGUGACCCGCUAUGACCAGGGAUCAUACAGUUGUAAUGUGUCUAAUCUUAUCUCUUCUAACAGCAGCGCUCCAAUAGAAAUAAGCAUCAGCUAUGGUCCAGACAAUGUAAGGUUAGAGGUGAAUCCACCAGGAGAACAUCAUAAGACUGGGUCAGACAUCAGACUGAUCUGCUCUGUUGAUUCAAAACCUUCUGCUGAAUAUCAGUGGUUUCUGAAUGGAGACGCUCUGCCUACAGCUGGAUCAGAAGUCAGACUGAUGGACAUUAAGAUGAGUCAAAGUGGAAACUACAGCUGUCUCUGCCUUCAGCUGUUUAUGUUCAUGAUCCAUGACCCAAGACACACCCGCCGCUUUCUUUGCCUGGCGCCACACCGCGCUGAGACAUGUGUUGCAGGCUUUGACCACUGA